UCAAUCACAACGUGAAAAAACAAUGAAUCCUGCUUCUUCUCUCCCCUCUUUGUAUUCAGUAUUGCUUCUCCUCUCCCUUUUUUUCCAAAUUUGCGUUUCCCUUGACACCAUAAGACCCAACCAGGCCAUCAAGGAUGGUCAAACUCUAGUCUCAAACCAAAAAGCCUUUGCACUUGGUUUUUUCAGCCCCGGCAAUUCCACAAAGCGCUAUGUUGGAAUUUGGUACAACAAAGUUCCUGAACAAACUAUUGUGUGGGUUGCAAAUAGAGAUAAUCCUCUCAAUGAUAGCACAGGAAUCCUAUCAAUCAACGGUCAGGGGAACCUUGCACUUCACACCCAAAACCAAACCAUUCCAAUUUGGUCCACCAAUGUUUCUGUUUCAGUCUCAUCCACAAAUAAUUCUAUGGCUCAGCUCUUGGAUUCAGGAAAUCUUGUUUUGGUUCAAGAAGACAACAAAAGUGUCAUAUGGCAAAGCUUUGACAAUCCCACAAAUACUUUGCUUCCGUUUAUGAAACUUGGGCUCGACCGGAGAACUGGGUUAAACCGGUUCCUAACAUGUUGGAAGACCAAAGAUGACCCGGGAACAGGUAACUCUUCAUUUCGGAUUGAUCCAAUUGGGUUCCCCCAGUUGUUCUUAUACAUGGGUCAGACUCCAACGUGGCGGGCCGGACCUUGGAAUGGGCUAAGAUUAAGCGGUGUACCCGAAAUGACACAAAAUUUCAUCUUCAAUAUUAGUUUUGUGAAUAAUCAAGAUGAGAUCUUUAUUAUGUAUGGUAUAAUUAAUCCCAGUAUUUUCUCUAGAAUGGUGGUAAAUGAAUCAGGAGCCGUUGAAAGGUACACGUGGAGGAAUGAUAGGUGGUUCCAGUUUUGGCACGCCCCAAAAGAGCCAUGUGAUAAUUAUUUGCAUUGUGGUCCAAAUAGUUACUGUGACCCAUCCAAUGCAGACAAGUUCGAGUGCACAUGCUUACCUGGGUUCGAACCCAAGUCGUCUCAAGAUUGGUACCUUAGAGACGGGUCUGGUGGGUGUGUGAGAAAACAAGGAGUGUCCACGUGUAAUAGCGGAGAAGGGUUUGUGAAGUUGGCACGUGUAAAGGUGCCAAAUACUUCAGUGGCACGUGCAAACAUGAGUAUGAGUUGGAAAGAAUGUGAGCAAGAGUGCUUGAGGAAUUGUUCUUGUACAGCUUACACAAGUGCAAAUGUGAGUAUGGGAGGGAUUGGGUGCUUGACAUGGCAUGGGAACUUAGUGGACACAAGAUCAUAUACCAAUGAUGGACAAGAUUUAUAUUUACGUGUGGAUGCAGAUGUUCUAGCUCAAUAUGCUAAGAAAAAUGGCCUUCUUCGGAACAAAGGGAUAAGGGCAACUAUUGGGGUUUCUGUUGCAGUGGUGUUGCUUAUUGCGGUGUUCAUUGUUUAUUGGUUGAUAAUGAGAAAGAAAAAAGAGAAGAGGCAAAGCAUGUACAAUUAUAGCGUUACCAUGACUUCACCAUACAAUGAAGACUCUCCAAGUAGAAGGGAGCUGGAUGGGACUGGAAGAAACUCAGAUUUACCACUAUUCGAGCUAAGUACCAUUGUUGCUGCUACAAAUAACUUCUCUAUAGCUAACAAGCUUGGAGAAGGUGGUUUUGGGUCAGUUUAUAAGGGUUCGCUACAUAAUGGAAUGGAGAUAGCAGUAAAAAGACUAUCAAAAUCCUCAGGACAAGGAAUAGAACAAUUCAAAACUGAAGUUGCACUAAUUGCUAAACUCCAACAUAGAAACCUUGUCAAAAUUUUAGGUUGUUGCAUUCAAGGAGAAGAGAAGAUGUUAAUCUAUGAGUACUUGCCAAACAAAAGCUUGGACUCUUUUAUUUUUGAUGAGACAAAAAGGUUAUUGUUAGACUGGGGAAAACGAUGUGAGAUUAUUUGUGGGAUUGCUCGAGGGAUCUUAUAUCUUCAUCAAGACUCAAGAUUAAGAAUUAUUCAUAGAGAUUUAAAGGCCAGCAAUGUUCUCCUUGACACUACAUUAAAUCCAAAAAUUUCAGAUUUUGGUAUGGCUAAAAUCUUUGGAGGAGAUCAAAUUGAAGCAAAUACAAAUUGCGUUGUUGGAACAUAUGGUUAUAUGUCACCAGAAUAUGCAAUGCGAGGGUUAUUUUCAAUAAAAUCAGAUGUAUUUAGUUUCGGAGUGUUGCUACUAGAGAUCAUUACCGGCAAAAAGAACAGUACUUAUUAUCAUGAUGAUCCUUCCUCAAAUUUGAUUGGACAUGUUUGGGACCAAUGGAAAGAAGAUAAAGCUAUGGAACUAAUUGAUUCAUCACUUGGUGAGACAUACCCCGCUAAUGAAGUUUCAAGAUAUAUUCAAAUUGGGCUUUUGUGUGUGCAAGAACAUGCAGAAGAUCGGCCAACCAUGCCAACAGUUGUUUUUAUGUUGGGUAAUGACACACCUCUUCCAUCUCCAAAACAACCUGCAUAUAUUUUUAAGAACACUUACAAUAGUAAAGAUAGAUCAACUAGUGAAGGAGCUAAUUCAAUAAAUGACUUAACAAUUACCAGAAUAGAUGGUCGCUAAAGCCCCAGGUUGGUUGGAGCAAUGUAAUUUUCAAUUGCAAGAUAAGACUUAGAAGGAAAUGGGGUAUUCUUUAAUGAAUUUUUAUUAAGAUAUUAUUAUGGUGA